CGACUUCACCUUGGGAUCCCGUAACGAAUGCACUCGCGCUCGGCGUUUUCUUGUUGAGCGUGACUCUUAAUUCUCUACCUAAUCUUCUUCUUCUCUUUUUAUUUUACACUUCUACCGCCAGUCAGUUGGUUAAUUAUUUUUGUCACCGGUCCCCUUGCCUUCUGACCUUUUACCUUACACCUUACCAAAACUUGCCAUCCUUUUUAUUUUCACCAACAACAAGUUACCACUUACGACCACUUACUUGACACCCGAAUGCACUCUUACAAACUUCUUCACUUAUCACUUUUCUCCCAUACUUCUUUUCCCAAACAUCUCCACGCCUAGCACCCAGUAAGAUAUUGACUACUGCUGCUAUAAUUAUUUGUUCAUUCUACCCAUUGCCAAGACUACCGCGUUCUUGUUUUUUGUGUAAUUCGCUACCUGAGAAUUUCACUCAACGCUGGUCUUCCCAUUUUCCACAUCCUCUUCAUAAACACAUUAGCCACGCUCUACACAUUCUACAUUUUGCAUUCCACACGCUAUCGUACAUCACCUUCAUCAUACCCAUCGUCAAGAUGGGUAGCCCUACCCAUUCCCCGGCGGCAAGCCCUGCAAAGGGAAAGGCAAAGGCAAAGCCCGCUCCCGCCGCUAAGCAACCGAAAGGUAUGACCAAGCGCACCGGCCGAAAGCCCGCGGCCAAGAAGGGUGGUCGUGGUAAGGGCCGUGGUCAUAAGAAGACAUACCCUGAUCCUCUAACACAAGCUGCACAUGAACGUCAAAAGGUGCUUCGAGAGAACUUCUCGCAAGUUGGUAAUGCCAUCCUGCCAGGACUUGUCUUAAUUGCCGACCAAUCUCUCGAAGAGUUGACUUCACGCCCAGAUGCUCACGAGGAUUGCGAUGAGUUCAUCACCGUCCAAGAGACUCUGGAUGCAUUGUACAACGAGAGAGUCGAAUCAAUCGAGCUGGAACAUCGUACCAGAAACAGCGUUGCUGAACGCGAGUACAAGUUGGAAUCUGAUCGUAUUAACAAAUGCUUUACCGAUUCCUUCAACUAUGUCACCGACGAGUUCAUUGAUGGUGCCCUCAACCGCACCAGCAUCUUGGAUGAACUUCGCCACGAGGGUUGCCCUAUUACGACGCCUGACCUCACUUACACAUAUGUUGGUCACAUACCCUAUGUGUCCUGUACUGGUGAAGCAAACCUGGACCAGGCUCAUAUCCUGGAGAAGGCUCGCCAGGAGAAAAUUGCUGCCAAGCGUAAGGCAAUAGACGAGCUUGAUGAGGAACCUGAUUCGAAGAGGCUCCGACACACCGGUGGUCUUCUUGCCUCAGAACAGCAACCUGACGGUGUAUCCGAGUCUAACGCACCUUCGCCCACACCAGAUGAGGAACAGGACGUUGCGCCUACCAGCAGCAAAGCCCUACCGGAUCUCCCUAACGGUUCCGGUGAACCUGAUGAGUUUGGCGUUAGGAGAGUCAAACGACGGGCAAGAAGUCCGGCCAAUCGGUUCAUCGUUCCGCAGACGUUUCAAUGGGAUGAGGAUGAGAUCGGGUUCCGUGAUUCCACGAAUGACUCUACCAGAAGGGCUACGCGACGCUCCCGUGGCGUGUUCCUCAACAAACCUAACUCUCGUGCCUGGCAUUUUGACCAUACGGUCAAGGAUUACGACUGCCGCGAAUACACGGCCGAAACCCUGGAUUCAGAACUCGUACAGAAGCACGGAUUGCAUCCUAGGUACGGCUUCUUUUUACCGACCUCUACGAAUGAGCCGGAGCCGCCCAGCGAGCGCGUCGACGGGUCACGACCCAUAGUUCAUGUCCCGGACCGGGGUACUACGGACCACGCAUCCCGAUCAGUGAGACCUAUGAAGAUGGAUCGCAUGCUGCAGGAAGAUGCGACGAAAGGGCUCAUGGCAUCAAUGUUAAGCGGCUUUUGCGAGGAGGAAGAUAUCGACCAAGAAGAGAUCGUCACUUCCGAGAUGCGCGAACGAGAGCUCCAGGCUCGUGAGAGAUUGGUUGUUUUGGAUGACCACGGAGUGCCAAUGGAGAACUCGGAUCAUUCCCAACCUGAUUCUAACGUCUUCCUUAGAGAACGAGUAACGGUUCUGCUGGAAGCCGCUUCGGAACUUGACGGCCAGCCGGCUGCUCCACCCAGUCCGCCUAGCCCACGACAGUCGCGUCCUUAUGAUGCUGUCCGGGAUGUUUUUACUGGCACAGAGCCGGCUCCUCGACCGGAGCAGCACUCGGAGGCCUCCACCAACCCCCUAGAUGUCCUAGCAGGUGUGGCCGAUGAGGUUUCUCGAUCCGAAUCGGAACUACGCCCUAAGGGUAAACAGCGAGUAGAUCGACCCGAGAUGGAACCACGCGGCCACGUCUCGUAUGGCCAGCAAUCAUCGGCUAGCAACUCAUCUAGCAACUUUCUACAAACCGCUUUGAACCCAGCAUCUACUUAUACGCCUAUUGCGCCCGCGCCUGCCCCCUCGCUAGAAGUUACACAGCAAGCCACACCUCAUAGGAUUCCCUUCGCGAACCAGAACGGCAUCAAGGACAGUCCUGGCCUCCCACCGCUACGACCUAACAGAUCGGACACCCUGGGGAAGGCAUCUCAUUCGUCUCCCCAACUCCAACCUCUGCCUCCGCCUUUACACCAGUCUCAGGAGUUUGGAUCUCCUCAUGGCCUAGUUCACACUAACUCUGGGACUUACUACCCUCCGGCUCCGGCUCGAGCGUAUCACCACGGCCUCUCUUUCCCAGAGCCACCCAUGAUGCCGAUGACUAUUCAGGGACAACCCAUGCACGGACCUGGUAUGAUGGCGAACCAGUCUCCCUUAAACCAUCAUGCUCCUCUUUAUCACGUUAUGUCACCUUCCAUGCACGUACAGGCACAGUUAGCUCCGAUGCCGCAGAUGGAACCUCCCGCACCUUCUGUCUCGCCGCCCGGCCCGCCCAUGUUAGCUCCUUCCCCGCCCGCUCAUGCAACCCGGCAGCGAACGUCAGUGUCAUCGAACGGCAAUAGUGCCGGUAGACAAUUCCGUAGGAUAGCAGCUGCGCCAGCGUCUAACAACCGUCCGUGGCAAACCAACGGUGGUACUGAGCUAAGACUCGCUCAUUACGACCACAAGGAAGCUAUCAAGGAUUACCGGGCAAACGAACCCCCUCCACGUACCGGUCCCACGACUAUCAGAGGCUGGAACGUGAACAACGUUUCCAAGGGCCGGAACAGAGGUGCGAGAAAGGAGGACUCUGAGGAGAAGGAUUCUCCCAACACGAUAUCGCCAUUUAUUGGCAAAUGGAAUGCCUCUGAGAGAAGCUGAGGCUAUUAGCAUCUGGUCCUCUAUACGAACGGACCCACGAUUGAUUACUUGUAUACACGCCCUUUUACGACAUAGAAACCCGCAUUGGACGCGGACGAUACAUACAGAGAGACGGAAGGAUUCGAUAUCGGAAAUGCUUUGCAUACGAUUUUUCGACUACGAUACCCCAUACACAUAUUCUUGUACUCCGCCUUAGUUUGUCACCCCCUCUAUAACUACGACUAUGAUUACGACCACGACCAUUACGAGUCGUUAUACCUAUUGUACCUAUUGUAUUCUUGGCGCACAGCAUAGCAUCUCGCGUGGGAAGCAUUGGGCAUGGAGAAAGAGAGAUGGCCCGACUGGGUAUAGCCCGGGGCCAUAAAAAAAUCACUUGCAUGGGAACAUUGGAGUUCAGGAAAGGGAAUUUUUCGUCGGUUUUCGUGGUUUUUUCUGCUUCUAUGAUUCGCAUUUUGUGUUUUUUUUCCAUCAUGAUCAGCCCGGCGCGGCUUUGAGAGCGAAAAACGAAUCUGACGGACGCUUUUCGCGUCACGAUUACUUAACUUUGCAUGUGGUCUCGUUACGCCCAGCUGCCGCAGUACCUAGUACCAAGGGGAAAGGGGAGGGGGAACUGGGAAAGGGAAAAAAUGAAAGGCAUGCAUGGAAGGGGCGGGGCGAGACGUGGGCCGCUUCUAAGGAGGCGAGGCGGUUGCUGAAUCCGCUGUACAUACAGUAAUGCAUAUUGCACAUAAUUCAACCGACUUUGAUCGC